UUCUGUCUGCUGCUUGCUUCUUCUGGCUGCUGCUGCUGAUCUUGCCAGCCCCGAACAUGCAACCUUGAACUGUUUUGUUGCUAAAAUUCGUAUAUUUUGCAGGGAUUUCGCAACUAAAUCGCGAUAUGUUAUUCCACCCACUGUAACUGAGCUAUCCGUGCAUCAGAAUGUGCACAACAUUGUUACAAAUUUCCGUGGGCUGUGUAUUUUUGUCAGACUGAUCGCAGCGACCAAACGUUUCAGAUAGGGGAAAAAUAAGGCGUUUUAGUUUGUUUGCCUGGCUGCAAUGUCGCUGUUCAAGUUAAAGACGCCGUUCUUGUGCGGGACGUGUCGGUGGCUCUUUCUCCUGAUUGUGGUGCUCGGUGGCGACUUCUUGUUGUGUAAUGCUCAACUAAACUUCGUGCGCCAAGCCUCCGCACCAAGUCCUUCUGCCGUCUCAGGCGAUCCCUACAGGGGUUCUACCCUGUCUGCCAGUGUGUCUUCCCUGGCGAGAAGCACGAGCGCGCCGUCCUCGUCCUCGGAAGGUUCAUCCUCCAACGAGCCUUUCCUUGAUGCAAGUCAUGGGGAAAAUUGUAAUGAAGACAUAGCUUGCCUUACUAUUGCUCGUAACGACAUGCAAGGUUUAGAGGCCAUAAAAUCAUUGCACCGACAGUUAGAUGACGAUGCUAAUGGAAACGUUGAUUUAUCUGAGUCUGAUGAAUUUUUAAGAGAGGAACUAAAAUAUGAACAAGGUUAUGAGAAGAGACAAAAGGCAUUCCAUCGUAAUGAUGACAUGCACAUAUCUGUUAGAGAAUUGUGGGAAGCAUGGCUUCGAUCAGAGGUACAUAACUGGACUGUGGAGCAAACAACAGAGUGGUUGGCAUCUAAUGUGGAACUUCCACAGUACAUUCCAACUUUUAUCCACCACAGGGUAACAGGAGCACUACUUCCAAGACUUGCUGUAAGCAACAUGCAAUACCUGACUUCCACCCUGGGGAUUAAAGAUCCUAUUCAUAAACAGAAGAUUCAGUUAAAGGCCAUGGAUGUGGUUUUGUUUGGACCACCCAAAGAUGGCAGUCAUCACAUUAAAGACUUAGUUUUGGUUACCCUAUUAGUGAGUGCGCUUACUGGAUGUUGGUAUGCAUACACCCAAAAUAAAAGUUCUAAGCGACAUCUUAGACGUAUGAUGAAAGAUAUGGAAAGCCUCCAUAAAGCUGAGCAGAAAUUAGAAAAUUUACAGAAAGAGCUGGAACAAGCUAGAUUGGAUCAAGAGAAUGUUGCAACAGAAAAACAGAAUCUAGAAAGAAGGCUAGCCCAAGAAUGUAACACCUCUGAGCUGCGAACAUCAUACUCUGACCUUGAAGUGUCUCAACUCAAAACAGAAAUCGAGACUCUUCGCAAUGAGCUGGCAAGAGCUGAAGGUGAACUUCAAGACAGGUGCUGGGCACCACCUCAUGGAUUACAACAGUGGCUUCAACUAACUCAUGAAAUAGAAAAUAAAUCAUACAUUAAAAAGAAGAUUUCAGCAGAGAAACAAUUACAACAAGCAAGAGACGCUUGUGAAAAAUUGAGAAAGAAGCGGUCCAGUCUUGUUGGAGCUUUUGUAUCAACUCAUGGUCGAUCCAUUGAUGAUGUUGACAGAAGUAUUGUUGAAGCAAGAACUGCUUUAAAUGAUGUAACUCAAGAAUUGCAAGAGCGAGUACUUAGGUGGAAACAAAUUGAAUUACUUUGUGGAUUUAAUAUUAUCAAUAAUAGUGGUUUGCAAUAUUUGGAGAGUGUCCUGUAUCGCAGUACAUCUAAUGGAAGAGGUUUUGGACUACGCAGUCGAAUGGGUAGCAGCCAAGAUGAUUUGGAUGAUGAUACAUGUUCACUUUACUCACCAUCUUCAGCAGGUGCCCUUGAAGCGUGGGUUAGAGAGGCUGAUUCUUCUGGGAGCGAGGCUGGUCGACAGGAUAUUGAAGAAGAUAUCAGUCCAACCAAUGAUACACCCUCCAACGUGAAGACAGCAGAUGGCUCAAACAAUGUUCACUUUUUAGUUGGAGGUGAAAGCGCUUGGCCGGACAUGCAGCAGAAGGCGCCACAGCACCCGCUGAGGCAAGAUCGCAAGGAUAUUGGACCAAGCAUGAUCCGUUCACAGUCUCAAGAUGCUGACAUCUCACUUGCGGGUGCAGAGAUAAGUCCGCAAAAGAUUUUCCAUUCAGAAACUUCAUUGCAGUUCAGAAGUACAGUUGCUCCAACACGACGUUUGAUAAGAGAAGCCUCAAAAGAUUCACAUGCCUCCUCACAUGGAUCAUCUCAAGGAUCCUCUCAUGGGUCUUCAUCAACGCCUCCCCAAGGGAACACUGAACAACGCCUGGUUGAUGAAGAAGCUUGCUCCACCGACUCAAAUCCAGCUCUUACAGAUGAUGACAUUAGUCGACGAAAGAAGAAGCACAAACUACAUUUUCCCUCUCUGACAAGGCGCUUGCCCAAGGGAAAAACAACUGUAAUUGAAUGACCAUUGUUUCAGGGGUAUUUUGGUUGUAUUUCUUGCCUAGUAUUCAUUGAGAUUCACUGUGAAGAACAGUGAAAUGGAGAUUAUUUCAGACUGGGAAAAUGGCUCUAGUAAAUCAGCUCCUUCUAUUGUAACAUCAUUUGUUACGCCCUUACUAGUUAAGGCCUAUCUAAAUUCCUGGAUCAAAACAUGUCAAAUUUUUAAGAUUUGUCAAGCCUCGUUAUUUUUAAAAUCAUCUGACUGCCACUGUCUACUCAGCACAUCAAGUAAUAUGUUACUGUUACUCACAUAUUGAUGAGAAUUAUUGGCUCUUGGACUGUUCUAGAAUUUAGCUCUCUAGUAAAAAUUGACUCAGAUAUGUGGCAUAUUCUCUUAAAAUUAAUACUUACGUGCAAUAUAUUAACUUCCAAUGAGUUCCUAUCUCUUAUCAUAGGAUUUAAUUAAAAGGGGCUCUUGUACUUUUGUUUUUUGAUUGGUGAGAUUUUGAUAUAUUUGUUGACUUAAUAUUAAAUUCAUAGCUUGAAAAUAUUGGAUAACUACAAUGUUGUCUCAUUGAGAGUAGGAGUUUGUUCCUUAACUUCUAUUGAUAUUUUUCCUAUGUGUAGAUUUUGUAUCGUCGUUUUGAUAAUUACCAUUAUGUUCAUGAUCAUUGUGGCACUGAUUUUUGGUGAUGAUUGCAGGAUUACUACAGUUUGUAUACUGUUGUCCCUCCUUUUGUUUACAUUUCUAAUUAAUAUUUUAAAUUCAUUUUGUUAGUUUCAUUAGUUCAUCUUCACUCCAAAUUUCUAUACCAAUGGCCUAUGGGUGCUUCAGCGACUGUUUCUAUGUGAAAUAUCAAUAAUAGUAUAAUGUGUGAUAAGGACUUUGUAAAGACUUUUGUAUUUUGUUAAUAGAUAAAUCUUUGUCAUUUGUGCUGUUACAUAUGUUGAGAUUUAUGGAGAUAGUAGAUCUGAAUGCCAGGAAGAAUGGGUAUUCUUUGCAUUUGAUUAGUACAAGUUAUUGGCACACUGUAAUAUUACUGAACAUCUGUUUUCAAAUAGAAACAUAUUAUUAACAAAGGCAUCUCACUGUUUGCAAUCACCACAAUAGUCGCCAGUUAUAUUUAUUGUGUUUUGUUAGGAAUCACCUUGUAUUAGCUGCAAAUAAUCGGCUCAUACACAAGGAGCACAUAUGCACAUGUGUGAAUCAUCUUUAGAUUCUAGAUAUGUUUUCCCCUCUCUCUCUCUCACACUAGAGAAGUUUUUUUGCUGUUAUCUAUGUUGGAUGUUGUUAUAUGAAGAUUAGUUGUGGACAUAUACAUAUUGGAUUUGCCAUCUAGGCCAAUCCAAUAAAUGUGUUAGUGUUUUUGACAGGUAAACUUUUUGACUUUAUAACGGUUCUAGCAAAAGGCACCACAUGGUAUUAAAUUUAUGUCUAAUUUUCCUUCAUGACAUGAUUAAUAUUUGUUGACGUCAGAAGAUAAUUGUGACAACAAUGUGAUAAACUUGUUUAAUUUUAUUACUUGUCCAUACUAAUACAGAAUGUAUUUGUUCUUACUUCACAGAAGAUUUUAUUCAUUUUCUUAAUAUCUGUUCCUAUGGCUCUUAACAAAGUUUUGUUUUAAAUCUAAAUUUGAUCAAUGCAGGCAGAAGUUUAUUGUUUAGCUGUUGACAGUUUGGGUAUUAUCAAGUCAUGGUAUUGUGAGGGAAACAUCUGGAGGGUCCCC